GUGCGCGGCCCGUUCGAGCAACCCGAUCUCUGGGUCCACAGUCCGCGGGCUCAUCGCCGACCUCGGCGACGUCGGCGGCUUCAAUUUGCAGGCCACGUUGCGCUGCGCGGCAGUGCGGUUGCACAAAUACCUCCCGUCAGACUAUUGGGGGCAGCUCCUCGAGGCAAUCCGAGACUGGGCGGGGAGGACAUUGCGGCGCCUGCCAUGGGAGUGGCGCGACGCCGACCACGGGGAUCGCAUGUCUCGCCCGCAGCUUUUCAACGGCGGUCUGCAACCUAUGACGCGCGUGGUCGGCAGCGGUUGCGACCCCAACGCCGAGCGCUUUGGGGCUGCGCGCCGCGUCGUUGCUUUCAUCAUCCUGAAGCGCUUAUUCGUGGUGGGCGAGAAACCAGCGGCCACGCGCGUGCUCACCUUUCGGGUGGGCAUUGACCACGCUCUGACGACGCGCAUGCCGG